CUACAUUAGCAUCUGGUAGCGAUGAUACGACGAUCCGUUUUUGGGAUGUUAAGACAGGAGAAGAAAUCUUAAUGUCAGAUUAUCAAUAUAAAAUCAUUUUAGCAUAAUUUUAAACUCCAAUUUUUAAUAGCAACAUGAUCGAAAAAAGUGGUAUUAAUUAUCAAUUAUUAUUUAGUUUCAUCGAUUACCACAGUUCUUCUGAUAUCACAAUAGCUUAUUUUUCAAUCUUAUGGAGCUCUAAUUUUUAGAGGAGAAUUUAGUAAUCAAUUGGGCAUCGACUUGAGAACAUUAUUUAAACAAAGAGGAAGUAUCAUUUUAGAGAACGAUAUGAAAUUAUAUAGACGAUGA